AUGGCAGGGUCAUCUGAAAACGUUUUGUUUGCUAACCAGUCUACCUCUGUCAUCAUGCUUUCCAUCAAACCUAACCAGAACAUGAUCAUUGACCUUGAUGCAUCACGCUACAAUGAAUUGAUCAGGCCUAUGAUUGACUGUCUCAAGUUCUCACCAUUGAUGAAGGUGUUAACCUUGGCCGAAAUUGUUUCUCUUGUUCAUUUAUCGAAAUCAUUCUUAACUGCCAUUAACAUAAAGUCAGAUGAUAUUAUCAACUUCGAAGUUGCAAACCACAAAACAUCGAUCUCUAAGCCCCACUUAUGCAAACUACUAGGGCUCACUACGUCAGAAGUCAGUGUUGACCCUGAAUCGAUUCCAUCCAUAUCCAUGAUAGAGAUGUUAUACCAUAUGGGGUACUCCGGUGACAUCUCCUUGCUCUCCAAGUUUCGGAAGUCUUCUAGACCCAAUAUUCUGACCCUCCAAACGUCUACCUUUGUGAUGUUGGAUCCUAGAAAUUUCAACUUUAUUGGAUCGAUUCUGGUUGAUAUGUUGGAAAGAGUUCCUCUUGACAACUCUAUUCAACAAGCUAAAACAUCGUGGAAAAAGGAAGGCAAAAGCUACUUAUUCCGAAAGCGUCAGGGUUCCAAAAAAGACAAGAAGCCAACAAAGAAACCAAGAUCUCCAUCUCCGGUAUUUCAAGAAGAAUCAGAAUCAAGAAUUGUUAUGGAAGUUCAAGAGGACAAUACAAUCAGACAUGAGAAAGAGGAACAGGAUACUACAUCAACUUUGAAACCAACCCCUAUAGAACAUAUUCUGAAGGUAUCUUCUCCACCAUCCUCCAUUGUUCCAACUUCUAACAUUUUUUGGAACAUUCUGAAAGAACCAUUUCUGAACCUCUCUAUUACUCCAUCAUCACCACUUGUUAUUCCAUCAACUUUACCCAUGUCAUCCUCACCUACUACAUCCACAAAUCCGAUAUCAUCUAUCCCUCCUUUACCACCAAUGAAUUCUGUUGGAAUUUCUCUUCCUCAUAUUUCAAUCGCUCUAUCCUCUCCCAUCUUUACUGAUUCAACCGCUCCUACUACAUCAUCAGUCUCAACUCCACUAGAAGUCACUGUAAUUAAAUCCGUUUCAAAGGAUAUACAAACUUCAGGCAUCCAUGUCAACGUAUCUGAUACGGGGGCAAAUGCCAAUAUCGGUGUGACUUUCGGACCUGGUACAUCUAUUGCUUCUCCUUUCAAUGAUGAUGAAGAGAUUCUACUCGCAGAUGAACAAGAACCCAUAAAGGAAUUUGUUUUUCAACCCUUCAAUAUUAACAUCAACAGUGAUGAAGACAAAGCUCCCAUGACCAAGGGAUAG